UACAACAACCCAGCAAAACAGAAUGACAUUUAGAUGGUAUUUUACUGGCUCUCAAAUAGCUGAAAUCACUGGAGAUCACACUGAUAUCUGUACAGAUGCUCAUGGGAAAUUUACAGGCAGACUGGCCCUGGAUCAUCAGACUGGAUCUCUGACAAUCAAAAACAUCAGAACCACAGACUCUGGACUUUAUAAACUACAGAUCACCUGCAGCAGAAGUAUCAGAAUCAUAAGGAGCUUCAAUGUUACCGUCACUGGUCUUUUUGGUUUUAGAGCCAUCUUGCCAGUUUUUGUGAAGGAGGGAGAUUCAGUCACUCUACACACUGAUGUUGAAACAAACCAACAAAAAGAUAUUAAAUGGUAUUAUGAUGGCCUUCGAGUGGCUGAAAUCAAUGGAGAUCUCAGUUUUAUCUGUACAGAUGUUCAGUGUGAAGAUGCUGACGGGAGAUUCAGAGACAGACUGAAGCUGGACAAUCAGACUGGAUCUCUGACCAUCACAAACAUCACAACCACAGACUUUGGACUUUAUCAUCUACAGAUCAACAUCAGCAGCAGAAUCAGUGAAAAGAUCUUCUUUGUUGCUGUAUAUGGUGUUCCUGCUGUUAAAUCAGAUGAAAUGUCAGUGGAGGAGGGAGAAUCUGUCACUUUAGAUCCUGAUGUAAUAAAAUACCAGAAUGAUUUGCUGACGUGGUAUUUUAAUGACAUUCGCAUUGCUGAAAUCACUGGAGAUCAGAGUAAGAUCUGUACAGAUGUUCAGUGUGAAGAUGCUGAUGAGAGAUUCAGAGACAGACUGAAGCUGGAUCAUCAGACUGGAUCUCUGACCAUCACAAACACCAGAAGCACAGACUCUGGACUCUAUAAACUACAGAUCAGCAGCAGCAGCGGCGGCAGCAUCAUAAAGAGAUUCAGUGUUAUUGUCGGUAGUGUUUUCAGUGUUGAUACAGACAGAGUGUCCAUGAUGGAGGGAGAUUCAGUCACUCUACAGACUGGUGUUAAAACAAACCACCUAGAAGAUAUUAAAUGGUAUUUUAAUGACAUUCGAAUAGCUCAAAUCACUGGAGAUCAGACUUAUAUCUGCACAGAUGUUCAGUGUAAUAAAGGUACUGAGAGAUUCAGAGACAGACUGAAGCUGGAUCAUCAGACUGGAUCUCUGACCAUCAUGAAUAUCAACACCACAGACUCUGGAGUUUAUGAGCUAAAGAUCAUUAAUAACAGCAGCAUCAGCGAAAAGGCUUUCAGUGUUACUGUUCUUGAAGUUCCUGCUGCUGAAUUGGAUGAAGUGAAGAGAAACACAGCGAUGGAGGGAGAAUCUGUCACUUUAGAUCCUGCUGUAAUAAGAAAACCAAAUAAUGUGAUGACGUGGUAUUUUACUGACAUUCUCAUCGCUGAAAUCACUGGAGAUCAGAGUAAGAUCUGUACAGAUGAUCAGUGUAAAGAGAGAUUCAGAGACAGACUGAAGCUGGAUCAUCAGACUGGAUCUCUGACCAUCACAGACACCAGAAGCACAGACUCUGGACUUUAUAAACUACAGAUCACCAGCAACAUCCGCCGUCAUCGCUGCAGCAUCAGCAUCACCAGUUGGAAAAUAUUUUUUGUCACUGUCACUGAUUUUGCUCUGUCUUCAGCUGCUGUAGCAGGAAUAUGUGUUUGUGUUCUGCUGCUUGUUGCUGCAGCAGCUGCUGCGAUUUACUAUGGCAAGCAUCAAGCAAAAAGAAACAGCAGCAGGAGGCAGCACAGUGAUCAGGAGAGAUAUUUAAAAGACUGGUCCCCUAAGAUGUCUGACUCUCCAUUGAUGGAAACUGCUAAUAAGACGUCCCCUGAUGGUAAUGAGGCUGAGGCUGCUAAUCAGACACUAAUGUAACAUCAUUUAUUAUGUUGACUUUAACUGAAAGGGACAGUGAAUAAAAGGUAAGACACAUGAGAACAGAAUCAGCAGAAACUUUCAUGGCUCUCAAAGAAACUGUCACCAAACCAAGAUUCCAGUAUUUGGAAUCAAUGUCAAAUCAAUGACUAUGUUAAAUUUGACCUCAUGUAAACACAAUGCUUGUAAACAUGUAAAUACAAUACACAAUAAAAAUCAAAUUAAUGCAAUUAAGCUGAUAAUCGUCGUAACCAUUAUCACAUAAAUAUAUGUGGCGUAUGCUGAUUUUAAGUGCAAUAAACAGGCAUGUAAACAUUACACUUCACUCUGACCACAGUGUGCAUGUGUUACUGAUGCACACUGAUGACGUGGUCAUACAUAGAUUCGUAAACAUGGCAGUAAAGCCCAAAUGGUACACGUUAUAUGCACUUAUGGUCUUGUGAACUUUCAAUGGCUGCAGUAUAUUGAUGCUCGAAAACAUCGUAAAUAAGAAUUUUUAGGCGCAUCACCCAAAAAAAAAUGCAAUGCGUCCAUAGAAA